CACAUUCCUCCCUGUCCAACUCCUAGCUCACGAUUCAUAACUCGUUCUCACACACGGCAGCACUCCUCAGCAGGACUGGUCUAUCUCUCGAAACUUUUACAUUGACCACGAGUAGUGGUCCCUCGUCCAGAUUACACUACUUCUCCGUUUCUUAUCCAUUGACAGCUCUUUCGCACAUACUCUGGCAAGCUCAAUACAAUGGCGACUGACGUCGGCCAUGUUGCCUCGCGCAUCCUGUCGCCCGAUACUCCUCGAGACCCGAACUUCAACGAUUUCUCCUUCAUUCCUUUUCUGCGCAGUAGCUAUGGAUUCGGCCUCGCCAGCGACGUUCCCGAAUGCAAGGCCUUCCACGAGGGCCACUGUCCGCUAGGGCCAGCCUGCCCGGACCGACACCCUACGCCCUCACGCAUGACCACGUCAACGACGACAGCCUCGGGACUGGCGCCCUCGACCACGCAUGGAUCCCUGGUCUGCAAACACUUUCUCAAGGGGCUUUGCAAAAAAGGCAUCAAAUGCGAGUACCUCCACGAAUACAACCUGCGGCGCAUGCCCGAGUGCCAGUCCUUCUCUCGAUCCGGCUACUGUCCAAAUGGCGACGAUUGUCUCUACCAACACGUUCGGGAGGAAGCCCGGUUGCCGCCGUGCGAACACUACGACCGGGGCUUCUGCGAGCUGGGACCGCUGUGUGCCAAACGACAUGUGCGCCGCCGCCUCUGCCCGUUUUACCUGGCGGGCUUCUGCCCGGAAGGCAAGAGCUGCACCGAUGCGCACCCCCGGUGGUCGGAGAACCUCCCGCGGCCUACGAUGCGCGUGGAGAAGACGGAGGAGGACCUGGAGCGCGAGCGGGCGCUGAUCCGCGAGGAACAGGAGAAGGAGAAAGAGCGGGAGCGCGAAUGGCGGAGCGAACGGGGCCGCGGCGGAGGUUUCAUGCGCGGCCGGUUCCGUGGGCGUGGGCGUGGCUAGACGAUGCUCUAUCAGGGGGAGAAUUCCGUGAGAUUCCAGUUUGCUACCUUGUGAAGAUACCCAUCCGUGGCAUUUGAUGAUGAUUUGAUUUAUUUUACGACGCAAAGCGGGCAGGUCAUGUAUGUAUUUUUUGCAGAUAUAAGAGCCAGAGGAAAUGGCUACACGUUUAGCCGAAUACGAAAUCUUAUAUUUAUGAA